GGUUGCACGCUAAAAGCCCAGGUAUUCAGUGUGGCUAUGCAAUGCCGCAGGAACAUGCCCCUUUCCAAACCAGGUGGAAAAUAUGACUUGGCGCAACUUCUCUUUUCACUCGAGAGGAAAUGAACCCGAAGUCAGGCUCUGGGCGCCGCUCUACCAGACUUGAGCCUCUAUGAUUUAGGGAGGGCGGGUCUGGCGCAUGCGCCUUGAGAACGAACGGAGUAUGAUGGCUUGUGGUGUGGUUGGGUUCUACUCUGGCCAUAAGGGCGACUAAGAAAUUGUGCUGCAAGAGCGUGGGAAGACAGCCAAGGAGAAAACUACUGACGCUUCCCCCAGGAUGUGGAAUUUGGUUGCAGUCUCCAAGCCUAGCCCAGGGGAACCACAUCAUCUUUUAAUCGGCAUUGAGUACGUUGUUGGACGCAAGAACUGUGCCAUUUUAAUACAAGAUGAUUCAUCAAUCAGCCGAAGCCAUGCAGUCCUUUCUGUUACUCAUCCUCCAGUUAACCUUAGUCAAUCAUCUACAUUUCCUGUGUUAACACUAAAAGACACCUCUAAGUACGGUACCUUUGUUAAUGGAGAAAAACUACCAAAUGGCAGUUCCAAAACAUUGCAGUCUGGGGACAGAAUCACUUUUGGUGUCUUUGAAAGCAAAUAUAGAGUAGAAUACGAGGCCUUGGUUGUGUGCUCUUCUUGCCUAGAACUCUCACAGAAAAGUGUUUUAAAUCAAAAUAUUCUGCAACUGGGAGGCCACGUAGUGAAUGAGUGGAAAGAAGAAUGUACUCAUCUUGUCAUGGUCUCAGUCAAAUUUACUGUGAAGACGAUAUGUGCAUUGAUUUGUGGUCGACCAAUUACAAAGCCUGAAUAUUUUGCUGAAUUAAUCAAGGCUAUUCGGGCCAAACAACAAUUACCUAAGCCUGAAAGUUUUUAUCCUCCACUUGAUGAACCAACUAUUAAGAAUGAAAAAGUAGAUCUUGCUGCAUGUCCUGAAAGAAGAACAAUAUUUAGAGGGAAAAAAAUUGUGUUUCUGUCUGCUAAGCAGCAUGCAAAACUGAGUCCAGCUGUCACAUUUGGUGGAGGGGAAGCGAAACUGAUGACGGAGGGAGCAGAAGAUGCUGCUGCUGCUUUAGUGACACCUCACGUUUGUGUUAUUGACGUAGGAUCCACGGGUUCUCAAGCAUCAGCUUCUGACUUGGGGAGGAAAUGGAAUGAUACUGUCACAACAGUCUUGGAAAGAAAAAAGUAUAGGACAAUUUCAGAGGCAGAAAUUGGUUUAGCAGUUAUCUUUGCAUCCACAGAACGAUACUGCAAUCCUCAAGCUUCUCCUAACUCAGGAGAAAAACCUGCUGCUUCAUCAUCAGAUUCUAUGCAGCCAAGUAUUUCUCUGAGGGCAUUGGUAGAGGAGACAGUAAUGCCUACCUGCACAGGUGAUGCCACAGAGUAUGUAACGGAUGCAGAGCUGGUGGACACGUGCAUGGAAAUGUUUGGAAGUCAUCAGGAAAUUCCUGUGCAAGAACAGAAAGGCAAAAGGCACCCACUGGACAGAACUACUAUCAAGGAGACUCCACUAGAAACCAGUACUGUAAAUAUGGGAGCGACAGCAGCCAAGAUGAACAGGCAGCCUGGGGCUGAUCGAAGCCAUUUAUCAUUCUCGCCCUCUAAAGUUCCAGGCUAUGGCAGAAACCAAGAAAUCAGUUCACAGAAGCAAUCCAAUUCAAUUACGAAUUACUUCCAAACUGUCACUAAGAAGAGGGAAAGAAAUGAGGAAGGAGAAACAUCCGUAUCCAAGUAUGCAAAGAUAGAUGAGAAAUCAUCCCAAGCUUCCACUCAUACUCCGCCUGUGAGGUCUCUGCUGCUGGGAAGCAAAACAGAAGGGCCUCAACAGGGGCAAUGCACUUUGGAUCAGAAAAUGAACCAGUCGUCUGUAGACAUGACUAGGAAGUCUGUGAUGGAGAGCAGCAAAUCCGAAGGAAAAAAUCUAAAUGAAAAUAUUCCUUCUGGAAAAUCUACAUCAAAAAAGAGAAAAGAAUUGGAUGAUUUGGCAGUAGAAGAUCUUGCUUCAUUAGAAGUUGUUUUUGAGACCCAAGAGUUAAACUGGGAAGAAGGCCUGGGAGAAGGUGAUGGAAGAAGUAUGAAGAAAAAACAGAAAUUAGAACCUGAAGGAAAUGGUCUUCAAGAAGGAAGUUCUGUAAGGCAGGAGACUGUGAAGCUGUUGCAAGGAAAUGAACAGACCCUUCCAGCUUCAGUCCAGAAACAAGAGAUUAAAAAUGAAUCAACACGCAGUGAGAAAAAUGAAUCACAAAAUCCUGAUACAUUUGCAAGUGAUUUUAGCAAUCUUCCUAGCAGGCUUUUGUUGUCUGAAUUGAGAUCACUGGUGGUUAGUCAGCCGAGGAGAGGUGUUGAUUCCACUGCCAGAACAAAUUAUGGACAUUUAAACAACUUCAAAAAAUUUAAAAAGGUCCCUUAUCCUGGAGCAGGACAGUUUCCUCACAUUAUUGGGGGAUCAGAUCUGGUGGCUCAUAAUGCUAAAAAGAAUUCUGAGAUAGAAGAAUGGUUGAAGCAAGAAAUGGAGGAACAAAGUCGGCAUGCGAGAGAAGAAUCACUUGCUGAUGAUCUCUUCAGGUAUAAUCCCCACACAAAAAGAAGAUAGCUAUGUCUUGGUUUGGAUCUGCUGCACAGAAUAAACUUUAUUAGCCUACUUGUUGACUUUACAUUGUAGCAUCAAAAGGGUUCACUUCGUAUUGCUCAUGCGUCUGAGAACCUGCAAAGAACAGGCAUGUGAUUGUAAACUCUUUAACAGCAAGGUACAGCUUAACGUAUUUAAAAUUCAUGUUACAAUUUAGGAGCAUUAUUUUGGAUGCAAGUGUGGUUUUAUAAAAGGAAACUAGCAAGAAGAAUUUCUUUUUAAAAGGGCAGUUUUAGAUGUUUUGGUUUUACUUGCACAAUACUGAAAUAACGACUACAUUUUAUAAAAGGAUUGAAUGUGGCUCUCCAGGUGUUUGUUUUCUACAUUUCAGACAAUUUUUGCUUCUUUAUUAAAUUAUCUCAGGAUGCAAAUUAGUGGGGAAUCUUUGUACUUUGCUAGCCUCAAAUCUUUUUCAUUAGCACUAAAAUUAUGAGAACCCAAAAUGCUGACUGGAACAUCAGCUAUGAGAUGUAUUAAUUCUGAAAUAGAGCUCUACUUUGGGGUGUUCUGCAGGAUUUCUGACUUGAGAAAGUGCCAUGUAUACAUUAGAUUCAGAUCUGUCAUUCUGUUUUAAAAGCAGGUACUUUGCCUCUCGUAUACCCUCCCUCCCCCCCCCUUUGGUUUUAAGCUCAGAAUAACAGUUUGAGACUCCUAGGCACAAACUCCAAAAAUGUAUCACUGCAUCCGUGAAGAAUGAUAACCUCCAGCAGCUGCAGAAUCUUUAUAUUACGGGUUGUAGAUAGAAAAUAGGCUGCUGAUAAUUCUGUGCAAACACAACUGUAUAACGAAGUAUGAAAAAGAAGAGAGUUAGGUGCGUCUCAGUUUGCAAACUGAUGGGGAAGUCAGCCCCUGCACUGGUGAAAGAGUCUGGUUUCUUUAUAGAUGUUUCCAACCACAGCCGGAAUCAAAUGUCCUCCUUUCACUUUUGUUGUUUCCUGUUACAUGGUUAAAGACAGCAAGGUCAGUUUUUAAAUUGACAGCAAGGUUAUGUAUGAUCUCUGAUAUAUGUAGCUGAAGUCUGCAUAUGUAGAAUUAUUUGAAAGGAGCCCAUAGAGUUCUGCUGGGGGGUGGGGGGUGAUCUUCAGGCUUCCCAGACUUGGGCUCAUUGGUCUGCAAGCACGCGUGAGGAGAAAAGAGGGACACGUGUCAGGAGAAGAGUGACAUCACUGGUUUCAAAUCGAGGGCUGGGUCAAGCUGAGCACCAGGAAGCAUACUAUAGUGAGGAACAAGUCGAGGGUCAGAUCCAUGGGGGAAUCCUUUCAACUCUUGAAUGCCCCAAUUGUGCUGUCCUGUUGCUGCUUUAGAGUGUGUGUAAAAAGGGGCUGGAUAUGCAGUGCCUUUUUCUCUACUCAUGCUUAUUUACAGCAGGUCUUUUGAAAUGGCAGCAAAAAAUUGUGGCUUUAUAGGCUGAUGGAACUGUGGAACCACUGAUGUAGACUAUUUACCUGUCUUGAAUAAGAUGCCCUAAAGUAACACAUUUAUUUUCCAGCAUCUCAUAGGGGCAAAAUGUCAUAACCUAAUGACAAAAAUAAAUUACUGCUUUCAUUUCAAUAAGUAAAAAACUCAAGUUCCAGCUGUUGUUGCUACCAAGGUAUCUUGAAAUAUGCAAACAAUAUUAACAAAAACUCUGUGCGAUUCUACUUGAUGUGCUGUUGUUUGGCUGCUUUGCCCUCUCAGGCCUACUCCACCCCUUCAGUCCUAAUUCCUAUCCGUCAAACAAUAGUUUUUCACAAUCAAAUAUCACAUUGAGUACCAUUUCACAAAAUAAGCUGUUUUAUUUAUUUGCAUAAUUUCAAAAUCAGCUUCCCAAUUUUUCAGCAUCUUUGAAUUGUAUAAUGUUCCUUCAGACACUGAAUUCAGUGAAUUUGGUGGUAAUAUCACCAAUCAAAAUUUAGAAAGGCUACAUGUUUAAGUUUCUAGUCCACUCCAUGAGGUUUUAACCAGAUUAAAAUCUGUUAACAUCCUGGCCAGCAGCAAAAAAACCCCAGGCUUCCUACUGGAUUCGUCAGUCUUUUCAGAUGCUCUAUGGGAUACGAUACAGCCCUCUGCAGAAAACGCCCACUGCAAACAUCCUGCACAUCUGAAUAAAUGUUAAGAUCCUGAUAGUAAAACAUUUAUUUGUAUACAGCUUCAAAUAAACACUGCUGAUAAACCUA